UGGUUGGAACUACUUGUUGUAUAACAUACAUUAUUCAUGUUCUGAAAGAAAACUCAGAGUUCACAUUCUUUCUCCAGUUUUCCUCCCACAUCUGCUCCUUUCUCUGUUCACCAUGCAGCUUUACGGAGUUCUGGCGAUCCUGUUUAUGACUCUGUCCACCGCAUAUGGAUUAAGAUGCUACACAUGUACAGCCACCACCCCAAAGUCCUGUACACUGGACUAUAAUUGUCCUGCCCACUUGAAUCGUUGCUCUUCCCUCAAUGAGAAUGGUCUCAUCACUAAGGGCUGCCAGAACAGCAACGCAUGCGUAAAACCCCUAACUUGCUGUGAAGGGGACUUGUGUAACAGUGCCACACCCGCUGAUUCCAGUUUCAUACCCACUGGUCCCAGUGUCAUCCUCCUGCUGGUAUCCUCAGCCAUCAUCCCUCUGUUUAUCUAAGGCUCCAGAACAGCUACAGCAUUAAUAUGUAAAGGCUGUGAAUGAAUACAAAUAAAUAUUUGUUCAAUAAACCACAAUGUAAUCAA